AAGCAAGCUUCUUAGCUUUGGUUUCGUUUCUAAAUGCUAAGAGGUGGAAACUGAAUCACUGAGCUCCACAAUGAUGCAGACUUGUUGUAUCCAUCAAUCGUUUUGUUUCCCUCAUAGAGUCCUUCCAAGAUUUGAUGCUUCGAUUGGUAUUAAGCCCCCAAAGCUUUGUCAAGUUGGUUUCACUGGAAAGACUCAGUCUUAUGGGAUUUCAAAUCUUAUACGGCGAAGAAGAUUAUAUGUGAACUUGAAUGCUAAUGACGGUCACCCGUCCAUGUCUAUGUUGGAAGAAGAAACCUCUACUGAAAUCAGCGAACCGAGUCAAGAAGCCGAGCUUCCGUUCAGCAAAUGGUCACCUUCUAAGUACAUUUGGAGAGGUUUAUCUGUUCCGAUUAUAGCAGGACAAGUCGUUCUCCGGAUUUUAAAGGGUAAGAUUCACUGGAGAAACACUCUUCAACAGCUGGAGAGAACCGGACCGAAGUCUCUUGGAGUUUGUCUUCUGACUUCUACAUUUGUUGGUAUGGCUUUCACUAUCCAGUUCGUUAGAGAAUUCACUAGACUAGGUCUUAAUAGAUCCAUUGGAGGCGUCUUGGCUUUAGCCUUCUCUAGAGAGCUAAGUCCAGUCAUCACAUCGAUUGUUGUUGCUGGACGAAUGGGAAGCGCUUUUGCAGCUGAACUAGGGACAAUGCAAGUCUCAGAGCAAACUGAUACACUCCGUGUUUUAGGAGCAGAUCCGAUUGAUUAUCUAAUCACACCAAGAGUCAUCGCCUCGUGUCUAGCAUUACCGUUUCUGACACUCAUGUGUUUCACUGUUGGUAUGGCUUCAAGCGCUCUGCUCUCUGAUGCAGUUUACGGGAUCAGCAUUAACAUAAUCAUGGACUCGGCUCACCGAGCACUUAGACCAUGGGACAUAAUUAGUGCCAUGAUUAAAUCUCAAGUCUUUGGAGCUAUAAUAUCGGUAAUUAGUUGUUCUUGGGGAGUAACCACUACUGGAGGUGCUAAAGGUGUUGGAGAAUCUACAACUUCUGCAGUUGUCAUGUCUCUUGUCGGAAUCUUUAUCGCGGAUUUUGUGCUUUCUUCCUUCUUCUUUCAGGGUGCUGGAGAUUCUUUAAAGAACUGUGUUUGACAUUUUUUUUUUAAUUGACUUAUGAUGAUGUGGUUUAGAUGGGUUUAUGUAAAUCAGUUGUCUUAAAUUAAAAAAAAAAAAGGAACAUCAUUUUGGAAAGAACACAAAGAUUGCUAUAUUUCUAUUCCAAUAAUGAUACACAUUGAAUAAUCUUGAACUAUAGUU